AUGAGACGACUAUGGGUACUGCUAGCUCUCCUGACAAUUGCUGUGUGCUACUCUCCCAUGAUCCUAACCUACGUCUUAUCUGCUACUUGUCUUAUAGCUGUAGCGUUAAUGCUUUAUAAAAAGUUCAUCAGAAAAAACAAGGAAUCUCUUGCGGCCCUGUUCCUGUCAGUUCUGCUUAAUCAGAUUGCACUAAUCUGCAGGACACUUAGAUAUCUUAACUUUGUUUCUGAUGUGGAGUCCUUGAGAGCACCUAAUUACAUGACCUUGCUGCUGAAGCCCCAUCCAGAGGUUACGUAUGAGAGGAUGCAGAUUAAAGAUGAUACUAUUAAUAUGAUGAUCUAUCGACCCAAAGUUAUAAAGAACGACGGAUUGAUUGUUUAUGCACACGGUGGCGGCUGGGUCAUGUUCACGGCGCGCAUGUUCCACAGCGCAGUCAGCUGGAUAGCGCACGAGUGCCAGAUGGUUACUAUAUCUGUGGACUACAGGAGACCUCCAGAACAUCCCUUCCCUACUCCUCUGCUAGAUGUUCACUACACAGUGCUGUGGGCUCAACUCAAUGCUCAGAAACUUGGUAUAGACGCUAGCAAAGUGGUAUUAAUGGGGGACAGUUCUGGUGGGAAUCUAGCUGCAGCAGCUACAACUCUACACAGAGACGAUAAGGAACUAGAUAAGCACUCCUUCCCGGCUAUUAGAGCUCAGGUGUUAAUCUACCCGGUGCUGCAGUCCUACAACUAUAGCUACGGCUCCUACAUAGAGAAAGACCUGACUAAUCUUAGAAAAUACGUGUCGUACUACAUCGCUGGGGAUCUGUCUCUGAACAAUAAAGCUGGGGACCCUGCCCAAUAUAAAGGUGUCCCGGCUUACUGGUCCGCAGUCGUUGACACCUCAGUCACUGGUAAAGAUCUCGCGGUAAAGAGAAGUCUAGAAUCAUCGCCAGAUAACCUAGAUAACGUAUACGCUUUCCCGCUGCUAGACGAUGACCCAAAUGGUCUACCCCCCACCUUUGUGUUAGCCCUAACCAGGGAUGCGAUACGGGACGAUGGGGAGCACUACGCUAAGUGGUUGGAGUACAGUGGGGUCCGGGUGAAGUAUGUGGAGGAAAGUCAGGCAAAUCACGGGUUUAUGUUCCUGUAUGGUACAGACGAGUGUGCUCUCAGCUAUCUCAAGAGUCUUGCUAAGUUUGUGUGGCAAAAUGUUGAAGAGUGAUUUUUUUUUGCGUUCCCUGUUUUGUUUGAAUAUGUUGACGAUAAUGUAGUUAUCAUCAGUUCUUAUUCGCUCCACCAUUGGCUUUGUGUUCGUUAAGGGCGAGUGAGCUUUUUGUCAUGUGCUAUUAAUAUUUGUGGAAUUUGCGCUUUUCCCUUUUAAGUUGUUACGGUACUAAUAAUAUCUGCGUUUAAUGCGACCAUUUCUGUUAUUUUCUGAUAAUUAAGCUGUUGUUGAUAUCUUAAAUUUAUAUAUUCUGAUUAUUGUGGUAUCAGACUCUUCUAGGAAGGCGAGUCCUAGGAGAACAUAAAUGUUAAAUUAAAUAAAAAUUUUUUGUGUAUAUUGUGUAAUGUGUAAUGUGUAUACGCCCAGAGCUUGAGAGCUUUAUUAUAUAGUUAAAUGUUCCUGUUCAG